AUUCUUUCAUCUUACCUCUUUUCGUGCUCCAAUUUAGGGCAUGCAAAGCUAAUUUCACAAGGCAAAAGUUCGAUAUACGUAUUUUUUUUAUAAUGCUAGCUGUGUCACCUUUUAGUAACACAACGGCAAGAGGUAAUGAGAUGGAAAGUUUCGCGAUAGGAGGAGGUGGAGGUGGAGGAGAUGAUUUCUCCGAUUUCAUGGGGGAGAAUUUACUCGAUAGCAUUGAUUUUGAUGACCUUUUUGUUGGGAUCAGUGAUGGAGAUAUACUUCCCGAUUUGGAAAUGGAUACUGAAAUCCUUGCAGAAUUUUCAGUAAGCAGUGGCGAUGAGUCUGAUGUGAACAAUUAUAGCAGUAGUAAUAACACUUUUAUUACUACUGCUAUAAAAAAUGUAGAAAGAAAAGAAGAAAUAGAAAAAACAGGCUCGUUUUCAGCAUCGGAUGUAGGUUCGGGUUUAACAACGAGCCUAAAUCAAGGAGAAGAAAUUGUGAGUACUCAAAAAAGUGAAGAAUCUACGCAACAAGUGAAUCAGAAUAUAAUUACCCCAAAAGAAAGUGAUAAAGGUAAAAAGUCAUCCAAGAAUAAUAAUCUUCCAGGCAAGAGGAAAGUGAAGGUGGACUGGACGCCAGAAUUGCACAGAAGAUUUGUACAAGCAGUAGAGCAACUAGGUGUAGAUAAGGCAGUCCCAUCAAGAAUUUUGGAGAUUAUGGGAAUUGAUUGUCUCACUCGUCAUAAUAUUGCAAGUCAUCUUCAAAAAUAUCGAUCCCAUAGGAAACAUUUGCUUGCAAGAGAAGCGGAGGCGGCGAGUUGGAGCCACAGAAGGCAACUCUAUGGAGGUGCACCCGUGGUUGGAGGGGGCGGAGGAAAGAGAGAGAUGAAGCCGUGGCCUGCACCAACAAUUGGCUUUCCUCCUCCUCCUCUUCCGCCCCCUAUGGCACCUCCAAUGCCUCAUCAUUUUAGACCCUUACAUGUAUGGGGUCAUCCAUCUGUCGACCAAUCAUAUAUGCACAUAUGGCCUAAACAUCUAGCACCUUCGCCGUCUCCACAACAUCCAUCACCAGCAUGGGCUCCUCCUCCUCAUCUUCAUCCUCCACCUCCUUCAGAUCCUUCAUUUUGGCAUCCACACCUUCAACGGGUACAAAAUUCUCUUACACCAGGAACUCCUUACUUUCCGGCACCCAUAGCACCAACGAGAUAUCCGGCUGUUCAUCUUCCUGUACCGGGCAUACCACCCGUAUCGUCGCAUGGUAUGUACAAAGUAGACCACUCUAAUAUUGGAGUUCGAAGUACCGCUACUCCUCCAGCACAACCUCUACCUAAACCUCCAUGCGACUUUCAUCCUUCAAAGGAGAGCAUAGAUGCAGCCAUUGGAGAUGUUUUAUCAAAGCCAUGGCUUCCACUUCCCCUCGGACUCAAACCUCCGGCCGUCGAUAGCGUGCUCGGCGAAUUACAACGUCAAGGGGUACCUAAAAUACCACCAACUUGUGCAUAGUCGUUUUUAAUGAGGCAGCUAGCAAAACGCAGGUGGAUUUUUUGGGGUUCACUUAGGGUACGUAACUAAGUAGCCCUUCAAUUCGACGACAUUUCCUGCACUUAUUUAGAUGCAUGAAGAUGAUCAAUUCGACGUGGAUCGUAUAUCAUCACCAACAUCAUCGUCUAAAUUAAUGCAGUUUUUUUUUUACCUCAAAUAUAUAUAUAUAAGAAAACUUUUAAUUAAUUUGUUCUUGUUUUGCUAUGUACAAGAACAUGUUUUAACUUAACCGUUGGGGUUUUUGUGAUGAUGUUAUCACCGGUUUGAGAAAUAUCAUGAUAAUAAUAGCAAGAGCUUCUUGUAAUUAAACUUGUUA